AUGGCCAGAACACAUUCAGAGUCCUCCGAGGACUUUGAGUUUAUCGAAACUCCCGCAGCGCCUGCUCCUGCUCCUGCCCCUGAAGACUGUGGAGUGAAGACAACUUCGUAUCCCGCCAUCAAAAAUGCUCCUCUCCCAGCAGAUUCUGCCGGUCAUGAUAGCUUCUCCAAUGUCCUUUUGUUCAUCCUCUUGAUCGGUGUGCCGUUCUACAUUGCCCGUCAAUUCCACGGUGGCCUCUACACGACCAUUUUCUUUGCCAUCUUCACCACGAUCCCCAUCUUGAUGGUCUUUUGGACUGUUGCAUCUUCGGCUUCUCCUCGCAAGAACGAGAAGGCCAAGUACCCUGGUCGCCCCGUAGAGCACUACCUGAACUUCCACAGUGAACACGACCGCGCUAAAUACCAUGGCAAAAGCAAAAUCCCAAUGGCAACCUUCUACGAGAAGUACUUUAAGGGCGAGGUUGACUUCAAAGGGGAUGCUCUGGAUGUUCUCGAAUACAGACAUGAUUGGGCUAACUUCCGCUUCACAUGGGAUCUGUACAAGCAUUUCUUGUUCAGCUUCAUCCCGGAAUUGCUCUUACAUACCCGCUCUCAAGACGAGGAACAGGUUCGCGACCACUACGACCGGGGUGACGAUUUCUACGCCUGGUUCUUGGGUCCCCGAAUGAUCUACACCUCUGGUGUUAUCAGCGACAUCAACAAGGAAGAGACACUUGAGGAACUUCAGGAUAACAAACUGGCUGUUGUCUGCGAGAAGGUCGGUCUUAAACCUGGUGAUACUGUUCUCGACUUGGGCUGUGGCUGGGGUACCCUGGCUAAGUUCGCUUCUGUCCAUUACGGUGCUCAAGUGACUGGAAUUACGCUUGGCCGCAAUCAAACGAAAUGGGGAAACAAUGGUCUUCGGAAGGCAGGCAUUGAUGAGUCUCAAAGUCGAAUUCUGUGCUCGGACUACCGUGAUGCUCCGUCAGUUCCUGGUGGUUACAAGGCAAUCACUUGUCUGGAGAUGGCCGAACAUGUCGGCGUCCGUCAUUUCAGCUCAUUCCUUUCUCAAGUUUACGACAUGCUCGACGACGAUGGUGUCUUUUUCCUCCAGAUUGCUGGUCUUCGCAAAUCUUGGCAGUACGAGGAUCUCGUAUGGGGUCUUUUCAUGAACAAGUACAUCUUCCCUGGUGCAGAUGCUUCAACUCCUCUUGGUUUCGUUGUCAACUCUCUCGAAGGUUCUGGAUUUGAAAUCAAGAGUAUCGAUACAAUUGGUGUACAUUACUCUGCCACUCUGUGGCGUUGGUACCGCAACUGGAUGGGCAACCGCGACAAGGUUGAGGCCAAAUAUGGCAAGAGAUGGUUCAGGAUCUGGGAGUACUUCCUAGCCUCCUCUACUAUCACCUCCCGACAGGGUGGAGCUACUUGCUGGCAAAUCACUCUUGUCAAGAACAUAAACUCCACUCACCGUGUUGAGGGUAUCAACUCUCAGUAUGGUCUUUCGGGAGCUCGCCAGGCUGCCAUCGAUCGUUCUGGUCUUGGUAAAGUGCCCAGCGCUCAUGUUCCAAGCAAGGAAUAA